AUGAUUAUAUCGCAAUACUUCGUUUCGGUAAAUGAUAUGUUCAAGUUGACUUUGGUGUGUCAAAAGUUUAAAGAGAUUCCUAAUAUGUUUCAUUAUAACCCAUUUCCUAUUACUAAGCAUCAACUUACAAUGUUUCCUCAUAUUGAAACAUUCCAUUUUUACAACAAAACCUCGUUUUUUCAAACCAAAAUUAGGGUUUGCAUUCAUUUUGAAAUUAGCUUUGCGACAAAACUGCAACUCGAAAAAAAGUAUGGAAAAACAACUCAAUUUACAAGGGUGGUUCUUAAAGAGGAAGAGGCACAAGCAACAACAAUUUUUACGAUACCAAAGAGUGUGACAGUCUUGGGGUUGUCAACGUUUGCUCUUCGCAAUUUCAUGAAACUUAUUCUUCCAAAUAAUAUCCACGAAAUACACGAAAACUGCUUUUCACAGUUGUAUUGCCAGAACAUUGUAAUACCAACAACAGUGACGUUUAUUGACUCAAGGGCAUUUUCAUUUUGUAUGAUAAAAACAAUAACAAUCCACAACGGACUUUAUCUCAAUGAAAAUGCAUUUGACGAGGACUUUUUAGAAGAAAUUAUAUUGCCAUACCCUUCAGUUUUUGAUGGUCUGGCGACUGAAAAGAUGGAAAAAAUAUUGAAGAAAAAUGGUGUAUUUUGUCGCAAUGUUGUUGCGACAAAAUUAAACAUAAAAAAUGGAGUUGUCAAAAUUAAAAAGAAUGCAGUAAAAAUAUCCGACGGGUAUGCACAAAACACUGGAUUUCUUUCUCAAAUUGUUUUUGGAGAGUCUGUUCGAGAAAUUGGCGAGUACGCGUUUUUUAAUUGUUGUGGCCUCACGUCACUCAAUUUACCCACAACGAUCCGAACACUAGGGGUUGGAUGUUUUUCGAAAAACAAAGAUUUAGUAGAAGUUACAAUACCCAAGUCAAUUCAUCGAAUUCCUUCGGCCUGUUUCAAAGCGUGUUUUCGCCUCUCUAAAAUACAUUUUGAAUCAAAAAUUUCAUCUUUUGGUAAAAAUUGGAUGAAAGAUACAAAGUUGGAUAUUUCAGACACUUUAACAAACAGUGAAGAAACUGAUGAAGUGAAAGACAAGAACUUUUUGUUGAGGAAAUACUAUGCAAUCAAUGCCUUUGUUGAGUGA